AUGGAGGGCGACACUGUCAAUAAUAAUGUUGUUCCCGUGGAUGAUAAGAGUUCCGUAAAACUUGUCGAGAUCAAGAGUGAACUGGAAGAGACAAAGACACAGUUUCAGGAGUUGGAGGCGUUGAUAAUAAACUCCACUACAAGAAGUAAUAGUACCACGCAUGAUUUUUUCAAUUCUUUGAAGACGUUGUCCCACAAUCAAACUGUGUUGGAAAAUAAGCUGGAGGACGCUAUGAAAAAUCAAAUGAAUACGGAUAUUUUGGUGAACGAUAUUAACAAACGUUUGAACACACUGGCUAGUGUACUGGACUCCAAGAAUUUUAAAAGGCUUCUCAGUGCGAACGAUUUGCAGAGAGCGGGACUUCGAGACUCAAAUGGGGAAUCCAAGAGUACCCUACAGUCUAAUACAAAUGGGUUAAUUACAGCCAACGCUGGUAAAGAGGUUUCAACAAUGCCUGUCAAGAGAGGCCCGGGUAGACCAAGAAAGGAUCAAAACUCAGUAAACAAUUCAGGGAGCGCUGCCAAAUCAAAUGAUGGACCAUCCGGUCUGUUGUCACAGGUGAAAGUGUCCUUACCCCAUGGAACCGUUCAACUACCCAAAUCAAGAAGGUAUUUUAUCCACCCCUUGGAGUCAGUGAAUGGGAACGGCAAUCAUCAACUUUCAUCUAUCUUAUCGCAUCAAAGUUUAUCCGGACCUGACCUUAAGGGCACCGUUGGCACAGGGGCAAGUGUUUCGUCUUCACACCAUGGCAGCGAUUUAGAUGACUACAACAGUGAUACUCCCUUGGAGAGGUACCGUUUACAAGGACGUCCUAGAACCAGACAGAGAAGACCUGCAUCGACCUCUACCAAAAGGGAAGAUUCAGAUUCUGAAACCGAUCUCGAUGGUGCGCAAGCCUUGCUUUCUCGUAAUCCAACUGGCAAAAAGAAGGUAGGUCGCAAACGUCGCCCUAAAGCUGUGAUUCUCAGCAGAAGAAGGGGCCGGCCACCCAAAAUCAAAAGGGUUGAAACUAUACUAACAAACGAACCUGGUGUUAAUGAUGCAGAGGCUCCUGAAACAGAGGAGAAGAACAGUCAAGACGGAUUAAAGAACACAAUUUCUCAAAAAGAACAAGACGAUUUGGAAUCAAGUAAAAUAGCAGAGGUUCCAUCAGGGCGGUCGUUGCGUUCGCGUAAAUCAUCCUCCGCUGAACCGAGCGAGGAAAUUGAGGAGCACGAGACUGUUGUAAAUCCAGCAGACGACAAACCCAAUGCAGAAAAGACUGAGAAUGCUGCUCUCGAUGCCACAAAAGAAAAUGUCGGUUUUUUGCUCAAUACUAAAGGUUUUGCAUCCGGUAAAGCGCAUAAGAUGAUUUAUGAAGACCCUGUUUAUAAUGAGCUGGAGAAACAGGGGACAAAAAUGAACGAACAACUAGAGAAGUUGCGAGAUCCGCGCGAAAAAAUGCUAGUGAGUUUGAAAUAUAAUGAUCGGGACAGCGCAAAAUCAUUCAUAGAAUCAAACAAAGAGCUUCUUAAAGCAUUACGCGAGGAUGAACGAAGAAGAAAAUUAGAAGCGCAUAAUUCAAAAGAAGGGCUCGAUGGGGAAAAACCGAAACAGCGAAGAGAAAGGCUACCAAAACCAAAGGAAAUGGGAUUGAUGGGCCAUUAUAAGAAUCUAGGGAUUCCCAAAGACUCAAAGCCCACACAUCCUGACCAUAUUGCUGCUCAAUCUGAGAUUCCGCAGGUACUUCCAGCUGCUACUUUAGGAGCAGAUCGUCAAGAAGGAGGUACCGCGAAAGUAGAUGAAAAUACUGAAAAUUCGCAUACAAGUCGCAGUGUUCCUGCUGGACCAAAAGAAGACAUACCCGCUGAUGAACAAAAGAGGAAUGAAUUUUUGAGGGAAAACUUAGAGAUAUUACUGAAGGUCAAGUCAGCCAAAAAUGGAGUAGGUCAAACCAAAGAUGAAGAGGGAAAGGCGAAAAAAAGCACAGAAGAAAUGGGGCAUGGCUUUAACUUUGGAAAAUUGCCGUAUCAGAGUGCAGGUGAGUUAAUAAAUGAAACACUCAAUGCUGAUCCGUUAGAAAAACUUAAACACCCGAUUCGCGGUGCAGGAGCCACAGUUCGCAACGAGAAGAUACGGACUUUAAAAACAGGCACCGAUAACACUGCAGAUAAGGCACAGAAUAAUAAUCUCUGCAUCAUUCCUUCGAACAAACAGUAUGAUCCUUCUCGAAACGCAGAGAACCAAGGUCAGGGUAGUCAGCCCCAACAUGCAACACGAAUAAAAAAUGGUGCUGAAAAUGAGAUGAACAGUUCUCAGCAUUUUAACAAAGCGACAAACAUCGCUAUACAAGUGAGUGGUAGUGGAGAAGGAGACGCUCCUCUUAAAGCUAAUGACACAGAUCCUCCUACCAAAGAAGGUGAAGAGACCACGGUACUCGCUCACCAUAAUCCAGAAGACAAGAAAGAAUCUACUCCAAAUGAAACAGAAGAAAGCCAAGUAGAACCUGUAACUCCAAAUGGAGAUGGUAGGCUACUCAGAAAAAGGAAGCACAAGGAAUCAGAACCUGUGCAAGGGGAAAAAAUCAAGCAGCAACGAUUUUCAAGGAAUCCUUCCGAAGGAGCAAAACGAAGUAUUCAGACAAAACCUUCGACGAAAAAUGGUCGAUCUUCAAAAAAGUCUGUGGGUUCCGCCACUUCGUCCAUCGUUAGUCCAAAUACUGAAACGAACGAGGAAAGCGGAGAACUGCGGACCGGUUUAAUAUCAUCUGCACCUAUCGAGCUGCUUUGUAGGGACGGUUUCUUUUAUCAAAGAGAUGCUCCUCAGGUGCCCAUAACUACAGGCACGUAUUUGCAAUUCAAAUUUGAUUCAAAGGAGACUGAACUGAUGGACCUUAAAAAGGUUGACCGAUCGCUCAAGGGUACUGUUGAAUCUACUGGUGGAUGUAAUCCAAUAUCGUCUACGAAGGUAGAGCGCACAAAUGCGUACUCCUUGAAUCCAGUCGUGGACCAAGAAGCAGCACAAGCUUUCAGUGUGUUGAGUAAUACCACAUUAACAGAAAGAUAUGUGAACUCUUUGGAAUACUUUCUGAUGGAAUUUAGAUGGGAGAACAAGUUGGUGGCGCUUGGAUUAAAGUUACGAGAAUCAAAGAGAACGUGGCAAAGGCGCAAGGCUUUGUUCACACUGUUCGAGUUUUGGAGAGAUCAAUCUGUGGAGAAAAGAAACUUAAAAAAUUACUCUAUUCUACACGCCGUGAAAGAAAUGGAGAACUAUCGAAUCUUUAUCAACCGGUCUGUUUCGUGGUUCUAUAACCAUAUUACUUUGCUCAAAAUGAUACUUUAUGAUCUCUGCGACCAUGUGGGCACGCAGAGAAGGGAGUGGAUGUUUUCCGAUGACCAACCUUUGCCUGCUGUAGGUGUGUACAACAGAGAAUUGGGCAUACUGUACACUGUGAAGAAUAUCAACGCGAUACUGGACAGUAUGCUGACCUUCGACAAGCUCGACGAUGGUACUGAGAACAGCCAAGUGAAGCAAUCCCAAGUCCAUGCACCCGAAAGCAGUUGA